CAGACUCCCGCACACACCGCUGCCCGCGGCGCCCCCGCUACAUAAGUUGUUUCCCGGGUCGCACUGUCGCGAUAUGCUGCUGCGCGAUGUAUGAGGCUGCGCUUCAACCUUUCCUGCCAGACAAGCCCGGUACCUGCCCGGUGGGUAUGAACGGAUCCGCAAGCUAUAAGGCUGCUCCUGCCCCCCAGCAGCCGAACUCCCUUAGUACUGGCAAUGGGCACCUGGAAACGCCUGGUAACCAAGGGCAGCGCUCAGGGUGGCAGCGGAUACGGCAGCGGAUAUGGCAGUGGAUACAGAAGAACUCCCUUAGUACUGGCAAUGGGCACCUGGAAACGCCUGGUAACCAAGGGCCGCGCUCAGGGUGGCAGCGGAUAUGGCAUUGGAUACAGAAGAAACGGUGGCUGAUUAUGGCAGCGCUCAUUGCCAUUGGCAUCACUAUGGCUCUUGUUUUCCUCAUCCUUCCUGCCACAAAAACAGGUGACCCAGGUAAUAACCCGGAUAAUCAAGAGAAAGGUUCUACUGACAUGGGGGGGGCCCUGAUCUGGCAGAACUGCAACGGAACCAAACUGAACAUCUCGACUGAGGAGGCCCCAUGGGAAGAUGCCAAUACCAACUGUGCAAUGAAUGGGGGGCAACUACUAGCCAAGUCCAGCACCAAGAACAUUAGCGGCUGCAUAAACAUGGAUGAAGAUUUCUGGAUCCAGCAGGAGGGCCCCCACCCAAAUGGGUGUGAACCUUAUAACCCGAAGCGGCAAAAUCUAAGUUUAAAGUGUGACACGUGGAGGAGAUACAUCUGUGGGCUGAAGCAGAAGUCCUGAUUAAAUGGCAGCGCAUUGAUCCUGGCACUACAUCCAUUGCCUUUAGGAAAGAAAGAGGGGAAGGAAUGUUUCCUCUAAUAAAGCAGAGGUUUUAUCUCAGGAUUUUAAAGCAGCGUCACCCAGUUGGCAAUGGAGUCACAUGAGGCAGGGUCCAAAAGGGGUGCUGUCAGCAAGAGUGGGGUGUAUAAACCUCCCAAAUCUCUGAUCCGUGCAGUUCUGCUCCAGGGAGGAGAUGGAACAGGGACCCCUGCAAAGAACAUCACUGAAGCACAAUCUCCGUGUCUGAUAAAUCAGUAACAGCAAGGAAAUAAACUGGAAACUGGAACACUACUUCCUGCUUUCAGCUCUCUAAGCUGGGACAUAACUGUCAGUUAGUUGCUUUUGAAUCUGACCUGAGUGCUCACAAACUGACAGUUAGGUCCCAUGUGGCUCCCCCUUAAGUCACUGACUAACUAACAGCUUAGAGAGCUGAAAGCAGGAAGUAGUGUUCUGGCUAUUAUGUUAGACAUCUGCCCACUCCAGCCUUUAUAGAUGACAUUUUUACCUAACCAACUAUAUUGAAAACAUUUUUUAUUUUGCGCAGUCUGUCUGUUUUACCCAGUUUCAUUUUUACACUGAACUGUUCUUUUAAUGUUCUUUCUGCCAAUUUAGACACUUGGUUGGGCAGGGCACCCUGUGGGUCCAAUUGACUAGGCACAACCAAUAUGUUGGUUAUGGGGUCAAUUAUUGGGAGUCCAAGGCCCGUAGCUCUGGAUCUUGAGAAAGGGGCAAGAGGAAGCAUGAAAUGUUGCUGCCUGGUCUUUAACCUAAAUAAAACACUUUUUCAUCUUUGCAAA